AUGGCUUUUCAUGGCAGUGACUACGAUAGAUGGAGGCGUUUGGUCUGGCAUAACCUGUGGUCGGUUAUCUGGUCCAUGACCUUUGGUUCUAGGACACAAUUGAGCCUUGUUCAAAUGGAAAGCUACUCGGUCGAUGUUACUCGCUUCCCUAUGGCCGAGUUAUUCGCGUUGAGUUCCCCGAUAAUCCUGAAGAUCACAAGGGCCAUGGAAUCGCCAGUCUCAGUGUAUCACAAAUAG